ACAUCACUCUCGCUCCUCAGACGCGGAGCAUACAGCUAAGCAGGAGAGAGAGAGAGAGACAGAGGGGUCCCCAAGUACAAUUCUCGCCUGGUUCUUGAUCUAAGGCAUGAUCAAAAUCACUAGAAAGUUCUAGAUCUUUAUACUGGCGUAUCCUUUGCCUCGUCUCGGGUUCUUUUGUUCCGAGCUUUAGCGAUGGAGGGAGGGGGAGGUAGUGGAAUAGGUGGAAUCCCCGGGGCCCCGGGGAAUCUGCUGGACGCAGGAGCUCAAGCGUUCUACCCUGCUGUCGGUGCCCCUUACCCCUUGCAGUUACAGCCGCUUCCGCACCAGCUCUACUGCCCGCAGCCGUACCCAGCGAUGCCGCCGCCGAUGCCGAUGGCCAUGUCGGUGCCUCUGCCGCUGGCGCCGCAGACGCCGGGUUACUCCGUGCCGACAACGACGACGGUGGUGGACGGACCGACGAGCCGCGCGGUGGUGCUGGGCCUGGUGCCACCGCACGCGCAGGAGGGCGACGUGGCGCAGGCGAUGGUUCCGUUCGGCGCGAUCCGCGCUGUGGACGCGUCGGCGGUGGCGUCCGAGCGUGUGGCAACCGUCCAUUUCUUCGACAUCCGCGCCGCCGAACUCGCCGUCGCCUGCAUCCGCGAGCAGCACAUGCGGCAGCAGAGUCGCCUCGGCCAGCUCUACGCGGCAGCCGCCGUGUCCCCGGCCUGGCCUCCGCCACCGACGCCCCAAGCCUGGGACUGGCCCCACGACGACAGCCGCGGCCUCGUUCUCGGGCAUGCCGUGUGGGCCCACUUCGCCGCCGGCUCCGACGACGGGGACAACCGCGGCUCCCUGGUCGUGCUCAGCCCCGUGCCCGGCGUCUCGCUUGCCGACCUCCGCCAAGUCUUCCAAGCCUUCGGGGACUUGAAGGACGUGAGGGAGUCGGCGCAGCGGCCGAGCCACAAGUUCAUCGACUUCUUUGACGCGCGCGACGCGGCGCGCGCGCUAGCCGAGCUCAACGGCCAGGAGCUCUUCGGUCGCCGUCUCGUCAUCGAGUUCACGCGCCCUUCCGGCCCCGGCUCACGCAGGCGCGGGUACGUACCCCACCACCGGCCCAGCGCGCCGACUCCGCCGAGGCAUCAAGCUACGUGGAGACCGGCCCAGGUGACGUCGCAGCCAUCGGCCUCCUCGUCGUCCGGCUCCGGGAAGACGAGGGAACGUGUGGUGCUUCUGACGAGGAGCUCUGCCAAGGCUAGCGCUGGUGAUCAGUCUACGGGUGGCAAUGCCGGCACGAGGCAUGAGCGCAAGUGCAAGGGCGGCAAGAACGUUGCGUCCGCCUCGUCCUCGUCGGCCACGUCAUCAUCCACCACCACGACGUACGGUAAGCAAGGCCAGAAAGGCGCCGGCAGCAGCGGCGGUGGGAAUUGGAAAGGCCGCAGGGGUGGGUGGGAGGCGCGCUUCUUGUUCAAGGAGCCCGAGGCCGCCGUCGAUGCCGACACGCAGGAGCCGGCCUCGGAGAAGGAUACGAGAACCACAGUCAUGAUCAGGAACAUACCGAACAAGUACAGCCAGAAGUUACUCCUCAACAUGCUGGACAACCACUGCAUCCACUCCAACGAGCGGAUCACGGCGAGCGGCGAGGAAGGCAAGGGGCAGCCGUUCUCCUCCUACGAUUUCGUCUACCUCCCCAUAGAUUUCAACAACAAGUGUAAUGUGGGCUACGGCUUCGUCAAUCUCACCUCGCCGGAGGCCGCCGUGCGGCUCUACAAGGCGUUCCAUAAGCAGCCGUGGGAAGUGUACAACUCACGCAAGAUUUGCCAAGUCACAUACGCACGCGUACAAGGCCUGGAGGCGCUCAAGGAGCACUUCAAGAACUCCAAGUUCCCGUGCGACAGCGACGAGUACCUACCCGUGGAGUUCUCGCCGCCGCGCGAUGGCAAGCAGCUCAACGAGCCGGUGCCCAUCGUCGGCCGCUCGCCCGCCCCGUCGUCGGCGUCCGGUGCAUCGUCGCCUCCCAAGAGCCGGAGCGCGAGCGUGGACCCGCUGGUGCAGGAGCUCAUGCCGCCGCCCUCGUCGUCCGGCGACGGCGCCUCGUCGACGACCGCAUCCACCCACGCGCCGUCCGACCAAGCCGACGAGGACAACCGGGGGAGCGGCGACGACAACGAUGACGGCAAGGAGGAGAUGGUCACCUGUGAUCUACGGCGCCUAGGCUACACCGAGUAGCUAGCUACAAGCUGACGAUCGCCAGACGCGUACGUAGCGUUGCUUCGAGAAGUGGAGGCAAUGAUGAUGGCUUAAGCUUUAUCUAGCGUCUGCAGUUGCCCUGUGGCUGCACAACCAGCAAGCAAAGUGGAGUGGAGUGAACAGGCAAUUCAUUUAUGGCGCGUGAGGAAGACAGGGGUAGAAAAACCUUGGGGAAAAAUGGAGUUGAUGUGUUUUGAGAGGUAGGAGUAGCAUUCGUUCGUUCGUUCGUAGCUGCAGGUAGCAGGGGGGAGUCGUGUUCUUUUGGUUUUGGUCUUAAGUUUUCUUCUUUGAAACUUGGAGCUAGCUACGGGGGAUAACACUAAUCUUCGUCACCAUGCGUUGGUUCCUUACAUCAAUUACAACUUACCAUACUCCAUAUUUCGAGAGCCUCUCAUGAGUUGAUAGGUUUGAUCAGAUCUCACCAAAAUCUGAUCUCUCCGCCCUCUAUGUGUGUGUUCCCCUUAUACAAUCCUGUGACUUCAAUUUUGUUCAAUUUAUUUCAGUUUUUUAUGUUGUUUUCAUGA